AUGGAAUCGUGUAACACUACUCACAUUCUCGCUACUCCAUAUCACCCAACAUCAAAUGCUCAAACAGAAAGAUUUAAUGUCACAUUUGCGCCUGCAUUAUCAAAAUUAAUUUCGAAUCAAAUACAAGAUUGGGAUGAUUAUUUACAGGCGGUAAUAUAUGCAUAUAAUACUAGCCAGCAUGCCACAACAGCUUUAACACCAUUUCAUCUGAUGUUCACCCGAAAAAGUCAACUGCUUAUGGAUCCCAAGCAGCUGAAAGUAUUGCUUAUGAAAUCCAAUGAAUAUUAUGAUAAAGUAAAAAAAUCAAGAAAAUUAAUUAUUGAUUAUGCCCAAUCAACAAUUCAACAUCAAGGUACAUUAGCAAAGAAUCGAUUUGAUACAAAUCGAUCUGAUUCAAAAUACCAUAAAGGUGAUUCAGUUUUAAUUCGAGUUAUUAAUCGAACAUCCAAGUUCCAAGAAAAAUAUGAAGGUCCUUUUCAAAUUCUUGAUCAAAAAGGCCCUUCGACCUUAAUAGUUAAACUCGAAGAUCCCGAUAAUGAAGACCAUCCAAGUUGUAUAAAACAAGUAACAACAGCAGAUAUGAAGCAUAUUUUUGUUCAAGAAACCAUUUAA